AUGAGGCCACCGCCCGCUGCCCGUUGCCCCGGGCUGGUCCUGCAGAAACUUUGGAGGGGCUUCUUGCCGAUCCUCCUGGUUCUCUUCGUGGGCAUGAGUUAUGCCCAGAGGGACCUCAUGGGGAGAUACGAGCCGGCUAGCAGGGACGCGAACCGUCUGAGGCGCCCCGGGGGCAGUCACCUCGCGAGGGCAGCAGCGAAGGUGUAUAGUCUGUUCCGGGAGCAGGACGCAGCCAUCCUGGGUUUGCCGCCCACGGAGCGGACCCAGUUGGGCCGGGGGAGCCCCAGAAAUCCCGCCGAAGCUGAGGCCAGGAGGCCGCCCCGCGCGCAGCAGCUGCGCGGAAUCCAGCCACCUGCGCAGACGCGGAGGAGCAGCCCCCUGGGCCAGCCUCAGCCUGCAGCCCGGUCCCGGGCCAUCUCGACUCUGCCUCGUCCCCGAACUUCGCAGCGGCCUGGGGCUGCGCCCCCAAUCCCGCCGCGAGGGCGGCUCACCGGGAGGAACGUCUGCGGGGGACAGUGCUGCCCAGGAUGGACGACAGCGAACAGCACCAACCACUGUAUCAAACCCGUGUGCCAGCCACCGUGCCAGAACAGGGGCUCCUGCAGCCGGCCUCAGCUCUGCGUCUGCCGCUCAGGCUUCCGCGGGACCCGCUGUGAGGAGGUCAUUCCCGAGGAGGAGUUCGACCCCCAGAACUCCAGGCCGGCACCCCAACGCUCAGCUGAGGGUUCCCACAACCUGCGCAGGAGCAGUGUGGCCAGAGAAGGCACCGUGGCCAGAACACGGCCACUGACACCACAGCUGCCACUGGCCAGUCAUAGUCCACCAGCGCUGACUCUGAGUGUGCUCAGCCAGACCCAACCUUCUCAGCAGCAGGUGGGGCUGUCCCGGACCAUCCGACGUUACCCAGUUGCUGCUGCCAGUGGUCAGCUGACUUCCAAUGCCCUUCCCGCGGGACCAGGUCCUGAGCAGAGGCAUGACACCCAGCAGGCCGCAUAUCUGGGCCACCUCUCAUCCCCCUGGGGGGUGAACCUCACGGAGAAAAUCAGGAAGAUCAAGAUCGUCUUCACUCCCACCAUCUGCAAGCAGACCUGUGCCCACGGGCACUGUGCCAACAGCUGUGAGCGCGGCAACACCACUACCCUGUACAGCCAGGGUGGCCACGGGCAUGACCCCAACUCUGGCUUCCGCAUCUAUUUCUGCCAGAUCCCUUGCCUGAAUGGAGGCCGCUGCAUCGGCAGGGACGAGUGCUGGUGCCCUGCCAACUCCACGGGGAAGUUCUGCCACCUGCCUGCUCCACAGCUGGACAGGAACACUCCAGAGGGGGUCUCCCGCCACAGGGCCCUGCUGGAAGCCCCCGUGAAGCAGUCCACCUUCACAUUACCUCUCUCCAACCAGCUUGCCUUCGUGAACCCCUCCUUGGUGAAGGUGCACAUCCGCCAUCCGCCCGAGGCCUCCGUGCAGAUCCACCAGGUGGCACGGGUGCGGGGCGAGGCCGAGGAGGCCCGGGAGAACAGCGUGGAGAUCAGACCCUCGCUCCGGCUCCCUGCCAGCCCCGGCCACAGCCACUGGGACAGCAACAGCAUCCCCACUAGCUCCAGAGAGCCCUCUCGGCCACUGCCUCCCGCGGCGCCCAGGCCUCGGGGGCUCCUGGGACGGUGUUACCUGAGCACUGUGAACGGGCAGUGUGCCAAGCCCCUGUUGGAGUUGACGGCCCAAGAGGAUUGCUGUGGCAGUGUGGGAGCCUUCUGGGGGGUGACCGCAUGCUUCCCUUGCCCACCCAGACCAGCCUCCCCAGUGAUUGAAAAUGGCCAGGUGGAAUGUCCCCAGGGCUAUAAGAGGCUGAACCUAACUCAUUGCCAAGAUAUCAAUGAGUGCUUGGUUCUGGGCCUCUGCAAGGACUCGGAAUGCGUGAACACCAGAGGCAGCUACCUCUGCACGUGCAGACGUGGCCUCAUGCUGGACCCAUCACGGAGCCGCUGUGUGUCUGACAAGGCCAUCUCCAUGCAGCAGGGACUGUGCUACCGGUCACUGGGAUCUCACACCUGCACCCUACCUUUGGCCCAGCAGAUCACCAAGCAGAUAUGCUGCUGCAGCCGUGUAGGCAAAGCAUGGGGCAGCAAGUGUGAGAAAUGCCCCCUGCCUGGCACAGAGGCCUUCGGGGAAAUCUGCCCAGCAGGCCACGGCUACACUUACUCAAGCUCAGACAUCCGCCUGUCCAUGAGGAAAGCUGAGGAGGAGGAACUGGCCAGGCCUUCCAGGGAGCAAGGACAAAAGAGCAAUAGGACCCUGCCCAGGCCAGCGGAGAGACAGCAACUCCGGGCAGCCACCAGCACCUGGCUUGAGACCGCGACCAUCCCUGACAAGGGUGAUUCUCAGGCUGGCCAGGUCACGAUCAGUGUCACCCAUGCACCGAUACGGGUCCCAGGUGAACCUACAACACCACUGCCUGGACAGAAGACAGAGGAGCCCGGGAAAGAGCGAGGAACGCCCCCCACUGACGCACUGGUGACUCCAGGCCCCCCAGCCAUUGAUAAAUGUGGUGCAGGAGCCACUAACAUCUGUGGCCCUGGAACUUGUGUGAACCUCCCAGACGGAUACAGAUGUGUCUGUAGCCCCGGCUACCGGCUGCACCCCAGCCAGGCCUACUGCACGGAUGACAACGAGUGCCUGAGGGACCCCUGUGCAGGAAAAGGGCGCUGUGUCAACCACGUGGGCUCCUACUCCUGCUUCUGCUACCCCGGUUAUAUGCUGGCCACCUCUGGGACCACGCAGGAGUGCCGAGAUAUAGAUGAGUGUGAGCAGCCAGGGGUGUGCACCAGUGGGCAGUGCACCAACACCGAGGGUUCGUACCACUGCGAGUGUGACCAGGGCUACAUCAUGGUCAGGAAGGGACACUGCCAAGAUAUCAACGAAUGCCGUCACCCUGGCACCUGCCCUGAUGGGAGAUGCGUCAAUUCCCCCGGCUCCUACACCUGUCUGCCCUGUGAGGAGGGCUACCGGGGUCAGAGCGGGAUCUGUGUAGAUGUGAAUGAGUGUCUGACCCCAGGGGUCUGUGCCCAUGGAAAGUGCGUCAACCUGGAUGGCUCCUUUAGAUGCUCUUGUGAACAGGGUUACGAGGUCACCUCAGAUGAGAAGGGCUGCCAAGAUGUCAAUGAGUGUGCCAGCCGGACUGCAUGCCCCACUGGCCUCUGCCUCAACACCGAGGGCUCCUUUGCCUGUUCAGCCUGUGAGAGCGGGUACUGGGUGAAUGAAGACGGCACUGCUUGUGAAGACCUGGACGAGUGUGCCUUUCCGGGAGUCUGCCCCUCAGGAGUCUGCAGCAACACAGUGGGCUCCUUCACCUGUAAAGGCUGUGAUGAAGGCUACCGGCCCAGCCCCCUGGGCCACACCUGUGAAGAUGUGGAUGAGUGUGAAGACCCCCAAAGCAGUUGCCUGGGAGGCGAGUGCAGGAACGUGGUCGGUUCUUACCAAUGCCUCUGCCCCCGAGGCUUCCAGCUUGUCAAUGGCACCUUGUGUGAGGACGUGGAUGAGUGCAUGGGAGAGGAGUAUUGUGCACCACGCGGCGAGUGCCUCAAUAGCCACGGGUCCUUCUUCUGUCUCUGUGCACCCGGCUUUGCCAGCGCUGCAGGGGACACAAGCUGCGAGGAUGUGGACGAGUGUGCAGAAACAGACCGGUGUCUGGGAGGGCGCUGUGUCAACACCGAUGGCUCCUUCGACUGUCUGUGCGAGACUGGCUUCCAGGCCUCCCCAGAGAGUGGGGAGUGCGUGGAUAUUGACGAGUGUGAGGACUACGGUGACUCGGUGUGUGGAGCCUGGAGGUGUGAGAACAGCCCUGGCUCCUUCCGCUGUGUCCUGGGCUGCCAGCCAGGUUUCCACAUGACCCCAACCGGAGACUGCAUUGAUAUAGACGAGUGUGCCAAUGACACUGUGUGUGGGAGCCAUGGCUUCUGUGACAACUCUGAUGGGUCCUUCCGCUGCCUCUGUGACCAAGGCUUCGAGACCUCGCCUUCGGGCUGGGACUGUGUUGACGUGAACGAGUGUGAGCUCAUGCUGGCCGUGUGUGGGGCUGCAUUCUGUGAGAACGUGGAGGGCUCCUUCCUGUGCCUCUGUGCCAGUGACCUUGAAGAGUAUGAUGCUCAGGAAGGGCGCUGCCGUCCCCGGGCAGCUGCAGGUCAGAGUGUCCUCGAGGCGCCGACGGUGGAUCACCUCACGGGCCCUGUCCGCAUGGAAUGCUAUUCUAGACAGAAGGGCCGGCCUCCCUGCUCCAGCGUCCUGGGCCGCAACACCACGCAGGCUGAGUGCUGCUGUACCCAGGGCACCAGCUGGGGAGACGCGUGUGAGCUCUGCCCAUCCGAGGACUCAGUGGAAUUCAGCGAGAUCUGCCCCAGUGGUAAAGGCUAUAUCCCUGUGGAAGGAGCCUGGAUGUUUGGACAGACCACGUACACAGAUGCCAACGAGUGUGUGAUGUUUGGGCCGGAUCUCUGCCCGAAUGGCCAGUGCCUCAAUGCGGUGCCCAGCUACAUCUGCCUGUGUGAUCCUGGCUACCGCUACGAUGCCCCCAGCAAGAAGUGUGAGGAUCUUGAUGAGUGCCAGGCCAUGGCCUGUGAGGAUGGCGAGUGUGUGAACACGGAAGGCUCCUUCCACUGCUUCUGCAGCCCGCCCCUCAUCCUGGACCCCAGCCGGCAGCGCUGUGUGAAUGGCACCGGCAGUGCGGAUGACCUCCCUGACCACGAUAUUCACAUGGACAUCUGCUGGAAAAAAGUCACCAAUUACGUGUGCAGCCAACCCCUACGUGGGCACCGCACCACCUACACGGAAUGCUGCUGCCAGGACGGCGAGGCCUGGAGCCAGCAGUGUGCCCUGUGCCCUCCUAGGAGCUCUGAGGUCUACGCUCAGCUGUGCAAUGUGGCCCGAAUCGAGGCAGAGCGGGAGGCUGGGGUCCACUUCCGGCCAGGCUAUGAGUACGGCCCUGGGCCUGACGAUCUGCAUUACAGCGUCUAUGGCCCCGACGGGGUUCCCUUCUACAACUACCUGGGGCCCGAGGACAACAUCCCUGAGCCACCCGUCCCCAACACGGCCAGCCACCCAGGGGACCACACAGCCAUCCUUGAAUCUCCCCUGCAGCCUCCAGAAGCCCAGCCCCACUACGUGGCCAGCUAUCCAGAGCACCAGGCCGGCUUCGAAGGGCUCCAGGCCGAGGAGUGUGGCAUCCUGAACGGCUGUGAGAACGGCCGCUGUGUGCGCGUGCGCGAGGGCUACACCUGCGACUGCUUCGAGGGCUUCCAGCUGGACACAGCACACAUGGCCUGCGUGGAUGUGGAUGAAUGUGAGGACCUGAAUGGGCCUGCUGCGCUCUGUGCCCACGGUCACUGCGAGAACACAGAGGGCUCCUACCGCUGCCACUGCUCCCCAGGUUACGUGGCCAAGACAGACCCCCCACAUUGUGCUGCCAAGGAGUAG